GCGGAAGAGCAGGCCGGUUGGGGACUUAACCAAUGCGCAUGCGUGGUCAGAAGACUGGGCGGCAGGUGGAUUUUGCGGCAGGCAUGGAAGGCGCUGGAGUCGAAGGGUGCCUGUCUAUAGAGACCUUUGCCGAGGUGGCUGAAGCUGGCGUAUCCAGCCCCCGAUUCACCUCCCUUUGCACUUGGCUUGUUUCGGAGCUCCGAGCCCUUUGCCCUUUAGAGGAGGACAUCAGUCCCGCUUGUGGUCCUGAAGAUGCGGAGACGUUCCAGAUCGAAAUGAGCGGCCUCCUUGGUGAGCUGCGUUGCCCGUAUCCGGCACUGACAACGGGAGAUGUGACUGCCAGGCUCCGCACGCCGGAGAAUUGCCUCCAGCUUCUCUAUUUCUUGAGUUCAGAGCUCCUGUCAGCCCGGCUCCAAGUCCGGAAAAGACCCCCUUCACCAGACCGAGAAAAGCGAUCCCAGGAAGCCGUGUGUGAGCUGCAGCAUAUCUGCCGGGCCUUGGGAAUACCAGAAGCGGAUCCAGACUGCCCCGUUUCUCAACUGAUGGCCGACAUAAAAGCCAAGGUGGGAGUAGAUGAUUGGAUGCUAUAAAACAGUGGUUCUCAA